ACGGACGACAACAACUUAACUGGAACCAACAGGCGGUCUUUUGAGAUCUCUUAAGAAAUAGAAUACGCCAUAAUUAUCCGAAAACGUGUGCGAACAAAAUAAUUAUGGCAACAGACGAACAUAUUGCAAAGUUCCGCAAAGACGGCUAUGUGGUCAUCAAGGACUUCCUUAAUGCAGAUGAAGUUGAUUCAUUGAAAAAUGGUUACCAAGACAUUGUAGCAGCUAUGGACCCCAAGGAUCACACACUAACAGUCUUCAGCUGCAGAAAACAGACAAGGGAUGACUACUUCUUGACCAGUGGAGACAAAAUAAGAUUCUUUUUUGAAGAAGAGGCUGUUGGUGAAAAUGGGGAGCUGAAAGUAGACAAGUUUAAGUCCAUCAACAAGAUUGGCCACGCCCUGCAUGAGUUGGUUCCAGAAUUUAAGAAGGUUACCCACAACAAUAAUACACAGGAUGUUGCCAGGAAACUUGGUUACAAUAAACCAGUUAUUGUUCAGAGCAUGUACAUCUGUAAACAGCCUAAAAUAGGCGGAGAAGUGCCGUCGCACAUGGAUGCCUCCUUCCUUCACACAGAGCCUCUUAAACUCACAGGGUUCUGGAUUGCUCUUGAAAAAUGCACCAUUGAGAAUGCCUGCCUGUGGUUUAUUCCUGGUUCUCAAGACACUCCAGUCCAUUCUCGUAUGAUUCGUAAUCCAGAGGGAGGAGAGCCAUCUUUGAUCUUCACUGCCCCAAGAGAACUUGACAGGGAUCCAUCGCUCUUUGUGCCAGAGGAGGUGGAACCCGGAACUUGUAUUCUAAUCAAUGGGCAAGUCAUUCACAAGAGUGAAAAGAACUGCUCCGAUAGAUCUAGGCACAUCUACACUUUUCAUAUCAGUGAGUCGAAUGAUACCGAGUGGUCCAAAGGCAACUGGCUGCAACCUACUGAGGCACUGCCAUUUCCUGAGCUCUACACAUAAACAUCUGUAUGUAUGAUCCUUCACCUUUGACCCAGUUCAGAUCAACAGCUGAGUGUGUGUGAGUACAGCAGGCGUUGAGUUUCGUUGAGUUACUGUUCAAUCAUCCAUUCAUACAUCUGUUGUUAUUGAUCACAAUUGAACCAUUAAGUUAGAGAUGUUUGCAGUGGCAACGUAUCGUUGGUUGUAAAUAUGUCUGAAAGAGCAUUUCUGGAGAUGAUCAGUGCAUUCUGAGUUGGUUCAGCACCAACUCUUUUUAGAGGCACCAAGUCUCUAUUAGGGGAAAGCUCCAUUAAAGAAAGAGGCCAGAACAUUACAUCCUUUUCAUCUUUACCAAAUCACACCAUGUAAUGCCCCUGGCAGAUUAAUCCUGCAUCCAUUAAGUUUAAAGACCCAAGUAAUAACAAUGUAAACACACUCACGCACUGAAUAGGAUGUACAGAUUCCAGGUUUUGGUGGCCAAACUUCUUUAAUUCUUCAAUGGAGCUUACCCGUAAUAAUGCUAAGGAUAGACUUCCAUGAUGCUGCAGCAAACUUCUCUAGCUUGUAUUUCCACCAACUUUUAAGUUCUACUAACCAAAAGCCAUAUAAAGGGAUGGUCGAUCAGAAAAUGUUCAUCUUAUGUUUCAAGAAAAUGUUUGAGAAAGACAGAUGGAUUUCAAAAUGAGCUAUGGUAGCUAUUGAAAUGUUCAUUUUUUUAAGACAGAAUUGUAAACAAGGGACCUUCACUUUGGCGUUUUGAAGUAGUAAUUUUUUUCAAAGAGGUGAUGGUUUAUAAUUCAUUGAAUAACUCAUUUGUUACUUACUGAUUCGUUACUUUAAAUUUAAAUUUGUAAAUUUAACUUUUAACGUUCAAACAUUAAAUCUUAUAGGCUCAAUAUUCCAUGCAUGUUACUUCUACGAUAAUUUGUAACAAAUUGCUUGAUUGUAUUAAUGUGAUUCAUUAUUUUAUGUUUUAUGUUGUGCAUAUAUGCUCCUGCACUUUAUGUUAUAUAAGUGUUAACAUUAUUAUUAUUUUGCGAUCAAAAUAUUAUUUUUUAUUUUUUUAAAAUUCUUUUAUUCCUCUUUCAAUUGAUGCAGAUGAAAAUAACAUUAUUAAUAUUAAACGGGUUAUAUAAAACAAUGAAAUAUAUUUUGUUACCAAUUUGUAUAUACCUAUGACACUGGAGAGAACAAGUACGGACAAUUUCUACUAUGUUGCACCCUUGCUAUUUUUGGGGUAUAUCUUAGCAGAUGAGAAAUAUUGCUACUAUUAAAGUUACCCAUCAAUUAUUACUGACAUUGGGACCAAACAGUGACUCACAUCCAGUAAUGUACUCAAGAACUACAUGUACAGAACUAUAGAGCACCUUGGACCAAUUUUAUAAAGUUGCUUGAGCAGAAAACAAUGCUUUUGUCUGCUGAGCAGAAAUGAGCAGGAUAUCAGUCACAAAUUGUACAUGUGACAUGGUAGUUUGGUUGGUAACUUCAUUCUGGUAGGCCUGUGCUAAGCUAAUUGUUGUGCUUAAGCAGCUAUUGAAAUUGGGCCUAGGAAGCAGUGUGGCCCAAAAUAUGUAUUUAAAAAAAAAAAAUCUCUGAAUAUAUGAUAUUAUGGUAUAAGAAAAUAAAUUUGUGUAAAUGGUGAGUUUCUCGGCCAGGUUCCACCUUGUUCUCAAACCUCCAUGAAUAUUUAGAAGUGGAAAAUAAUGUGUUUUGUUGACACCAUCCUAAUUCUGUUCAUGCUUGCUAAGGUUAAACCCUGACAACCCCAUGAUCAUUUGGUUUGAUAUCGUAGUUUGUCUUUCAUAUCUUGGAACCAGUCAUUCGUAUCCAAGCUGCAUCCAAGUGGUAACUUGUUGGGCAUCAAGAUACCAUCAUCUGGAGGCAUAUUGAUAACAGGACCUUUCCUAGGUCUUGACUGAGUUUGAUUGACUCAGUAUUGCAGAAAACCAACACCCUCAUAUUCUUUUAGGGACAGGCUCUCGAGUUUGCAAUAGUCUAGAGGAGUUUUACUUUCAGAGUGUGACCUAGUUGAUAUUGAUGCAGUUUAUCUCACACUUCGGACAGUUUUAUUUCCCAUUUCUAAGAAUUGUCAAAGUUUGCAAGAAAGAACAUGUCAUACUGCAAUUUGAGGGACAAUAUAUUCUUUGAUCGUAGAAAAAAAUUUCUUGACGAAGCCGUGUUUGAUCUGGGACACAGAGCACUGUUUAUAUCUUUUCCAUAUUCCAUGAGCCCGUUUGUGAUAAAUAAUAAUCUUCAAGCAAACAUUGAUUUUUGCUGUAUUUUUGACCGCGUGAGGGCGUAUACGACCCGAAUUUACGUGACGUAAAUCAAGUAAACAAACUGCGGUUUAUUUCAUUGUUGAUAUUAUAUUCAUAUAUUUCGUCAUCGGUUCAAGAAAACGGUAUACAGACAACUCAGAUAAGAUGGAACUGUAAUAUUUUGACGCAAGAAAAUUUCCCGAUGAAAGCGCCCCCAUGCGGUCAAAACAAUGUAAUAAUUAGGGCUGUGGGUGACGCUUUACAAUCCUGAUAUUGUAACUUAAACAGUAACUUAAACAGCGCGCUUUAAUGGUUGUGAGUUGAGUUUCAAAUGUUUUUUAUGAGGAAUGGGUCUAAGUUAAUAACACAAGGGAGUUAAAUGAACAACAACAGAGACACACAGUCAUUGUUCUGGUAGGAGUGUUAGGAAUUUUAAUUAACACCUGUUGGCUUGUUAAUUAAUUACCAAAAGCAUAAUCUGCCUGUAAACUGGCAGGGAAAAUACACACAAGUAAAUAUACAGAUCUAUGUCAAUCCUACGUAAAAGUUGUUCAAUGCUCACGUGUUGAAUAUUCAUGAAGCAGAUUAGGUAAUGAAUAAAUUAGUGAAAGUACAAUAACAGAGAGCACAGAAAAAACAUCUAAUAUAUAUACAUUAAUAAUAAACUUUGUAUAAAUGGCUCAUCAGCCUUUUUUAAACAAUAAAUAGGUCCUUGUGGAAUACUUUUUCUCUUUUUAAAAAAUCUUUAAGAUAAAUAAUUAUGUUAAUUAAUCAAGAAAGCAAAACAUUUUUGUCUGACCGAACAAUGGGCGCAGGGUUUAAGCAAAUUGUUAAAAUUAAGAAAGUCAAAUUUAACAUAAGAACAGACUGGCAGUGUAUAUCUGAACUUAAUUUAUUCCUCCAUGUUUAAGCCAAAAAGGGAAGAAUAAUUCACAAAGGUAAAAGCUCCAUUAUUGGUAUAAACAGAACACUAUUAUUAAUAUCGGUAAUAUGUAGGCCUAACUUUGAAUUUGUUUUCAAUAAAUUAACUUCCCAACUUGUCUGCUUGUUUGGAAAAGAAAUUGUUUUCCAUAAAUAUUGGUACUCUUAAAGUGUGCUGUUAAACUUUUGAAAAGUUCAAAAAAUAUACACUACAACAUAUCUGAAGAGAUUUUUGAAGCUUUCAAGACGAUCUAAAAAAAAAAAAAAACUUAACAAAAACAAACUUGCUUGAUCAAACGUUUUUUUAUGUAUA